AUGAUGAUCAAGUGUUUAUUUCUAUUGGCUUUUACUUCUUACGUACAAUGUCAGGUUACUUCUUCUAUUGAAAGCUCCGGAUUCUCUGAAGAUGCUAGCCCAAUUACUGAUCCCAUAAUCACUAUCAGUCCAAUCGAAAGUCCAAGUCCAGUCACUGAUGGUCCUAUUGUCCCAACUACAGAAGAAGUGCCGGCUGUGACAGAUGAUUCUUCUGAAUACCCGGACACUACGGAUGACUCUUGGUCUUCUGUAACUCCAGAUGGCGAUACCAUUCCACUUGUCAUUCCUCUACCUCUACUCUUGUGUUUGUUGGGAGAUCUGAAGGCUUGUGAAUUCGGUGGAGCUGGAUCUCAAGAUGGAUUUGGUGGUCAAUCUCACCAUGGCCACGUUGGAGAUGGCGGAUUCGACAACAUCUUUGGAGGAAAUCGUGGAUCCGGAGGGCACUCAGGAGGCUUCGGACAAGGAAGUCAAGGCUUUGGAGGAGGAAGUAGUGAUGACCAAGGCUUUGGAGGACAAGGCUACGGUCAGAUCUCAGAAUCUGGAGGAAACAGAAGAGGUGGAUCCAGUUUUAACCAGAAUAAUGGCUUGGGCCGUGGUCAACAGUAUGGUAACGAUGACAGCGAAUCAAGUGACAGUGAAAGUGGAGAAUUUCAAGGAUUCGGAAGUCUGAACAGUCCAGAAGGUUUGUUCGGCCGUCAUCGUAGCAACAGAUUCAGAAGAUUAUUAACCGGUGCCUUCUGGUAAAGAGGAACGUGAUAGUACUACGUGGAACAAAACCUAUUGUAUAUAUUCUUAAACGAACUCGUCAAUCGAUCUUAUUGUAGCUGUUAAAUAGCGUAAUAAUAAACUUUUAUUUAUUAAUCAUGUUGACACCAGUAGCCACAAAAUAAAACACAAGGGAACAGUAGGUAUACAUACAUAACUGUCAGUUUGCCAAAUUGAAUUAUAUGUAUAAAAUAGAACUAAAACUAUAUAGCAUCACAUAUAACACUUUAUAUUUCAGGACAACAAAGUCCUCAUCCCACCCCAAAACCAGUAGCUCGGACUCAACAGCCUCUCGGCCUCGCUCAAGUUCAAGUAGUUCGAGCAGUUUUACGGGACCAUUAGAACCAGUCAUACCAGGUGCACCAAAGAAGCCAGUCUACGGUAUCUUUACAGCAAAGCCCGCCACGAUAGAAGUGGAAUCAGAUUCCGAGAUGGAGCUGACGGCACGAAAACUGCCGCGGAGUCAGAAUCGACAAGGUACGUCAUCUACAAGGUUAACUGGCACGGCACAGAGCCAUCCCGCCACUUCGAACGGCCGAAGCAUUAACGGUGGACGGGUUUACAGUAGACAUCAGUCCAAUAACAGCAGGUCUACUGGUCGAAAUUACGGUGAUUCAUUAGUGUAG